AUGGCGCCGGCAGUCAUCAAGGAAGAAGGCGCGACCACGAACAAGCGCAAAGCCGAGUCGCCGUCCGAGUCGGUCGGCGACAGCAAGCGCUUCAAGUCGUCGACGUCGCCCACACCCACACCCACACUUCCUCUCGCACACGACACAGGAGACGCCGUCCAGUCGACAGCACCACGCGUCGUGCCCUUUCCCGAGAAGCCCGCUGUCAUCGAGGAACGAAAUGGCGAGAUCGAAUUCCGAGCUGUCAACAACGAUGGCGACCGCGAGAGCUACAUCAUCCUCACGGGACUGAAGUGCAUCUUCCAGAAACAGCUGCCCAAGAUGCCCAAAGACUACAUCGCCAGACUCGUCUACGACCGCACCCAUCUCUCCAUGGCCAUCGUCAAGAAGCCGCUCGAGGUGGUGGGAGGCAUCACAUACCGCCCCUUCAAGGGCCGCCAGUUCGCCGAAAUCGUCUUCUGCGCUAUAAGCAGCGAUCAGCAAGUCAAAGGUUACGGCGCACAUCUCAUGUCGCAUCUGAAAGAUUACGUCAAGGCCACCUCGGACGUCAUGCACUUUCUGACCUACGCCGACAACUACGCCAUCGGCUACUUCAAAAAGCAAGGCUUCACAAAGGAAAUCACCCUCGAGAGACCGCGCUGGAUGGGUUACAUCAAGGAUUACGAGGGAGGCACCAUCAUGCAAUGUAGCAUGCUCCCCAAGAUUCGCUAUCUCGAGUCUGGCCGUCUUCUUCUUAAGCAGAAAGCCGCCGUCCACGCAAAGAUCAAGGCCGUCUCAAAAUCCUUCGAAGUCCACCCGCCCCCAUCACAGUGGAAGGGCUUGAAGAAGGGCGACAACCUUCCCGCCAUCGACCCUCUCACUAUAGGUGCCAUCAAAGAAACUGGCUGGAGUCUGGACAUGGACGCCCUCGCCCGUCAACCCCGCCACAACCCCAACCACUCACAAUUAAUGCAUCUCCUUUCCGCCCUACAGAACAGCACCCACGCAUGGCCCUUUCUGCAGCCUGUCAACAAAGACGAAGUCCUCGACUAUUACGACGUCAUCAAACAGCCCAUGGACCUCAGCACCAUGGAGCAAAAACUGGAAAAUGACGCAUACGAGACCCCCGAAGACUUUAUUAGAGACGCCACUCUCAUCUCUGUCAACUGCAGACGUUAUAAUGCCGAGCAAACUCCAUACCACAAAGCUGCCAUCAAGCUGGAGAAAGAGCUGUGGAAAAAGGUCAAGGAUGUGCCCGAAUGGAGUUAUAUCGAGCAAGAGCACUUUGCAGAGGUUGGCAAGUAA